AUGAUUCGCAACUUUGGCGUCAUUCGGGUAUCUGCUCUGCCCAGGCCGCCCUCCAAUAUUGCCGAUGGGGCAAAGAUUACCGCUAAAUCGCGACUCGAGCAGAUCGUAUUUUACGGUAGCAUGAAAUCGAACCCUCUUGAAUUUGUUGGUUAUGAUGAGCUUCGCUCUGCUCCCGCUGAGCUUGAACAAGCUGCAUUACAAAUAAGUGACGAAAUUCUUCGGUCUAACUCGAAAUUCAUCCCGACCACCAUCCCAUCCCUGGAGCAGUAUAUGAAAAUGCGAGCUUCUGCACUUCAUGAUCUAGCUCUAUACAUACAACGAUUUCAUGUAUAUUUUUCUCCUUUGACGAGGUGGAAGCUCUUGUGGGGAGCAGAAAAAAUGGCAGCUCAACGAGCUAUAUGGAAGGUACAACAGGGAAACGAAGAGCAUCCUACCAGCAAUCGGACGCAUCUCGACUUCAUUAUUUCAAAAAUGGGAGACAAUCACAAAACGAAAAUUGAGCCAGGAAGCGGCGAAACCGAUAUUGUGCGGCAUUGGUUUAUUCAUGAUACGUGGAGAAUGGAAUACAUCAUCCCGUGGAUCCUAAACGGGCUUCGGAAAGAAGAUAGCAAUACGUCGCGUGCGAUUGACAGGCAAUUUGCGGAGAGGGUUUGCGAGGCUUGUGAUUUGUCAUUGGCUGCACUGGAAACAGCCUUUCAAUUCCGAGAGGAUAGUGCCGCCCUAUACGGAGUAGGCGAAGGAUUUAUGGACGACGAUGCAGCUAUCGUGGCACAGUAUAGUGCUUUACCUGAGUUUUGGACGUCAACGCAAAUCAAUUAUUCAGAAACCGAACAGCUCUUGGAUCUGGAACUCAACAUCUGUCGACGUUACCCUGCUACAACUGCAGCUACUGGAUCAGAUUCAUCGACUACGAGAACCAGCAAGGUUCUCGACACUAUCAAAGAAAAUAUCCCCAGGCAAUUCCGUGCAUUUGCAUUGCUACACAAAGAGCGGACUAUGUGGUGUGCAGCGCAGAAUGACUCGGAGAUCCAGAGUAGUGGGAAAAUGCUUGAGAAAUCGCAUGUGGAGAAUCGCAAACCACAGUUGUUUAAACUGGCAGCGAUUGGCUUGCUGGAAGAUGCAAUUACCCUUGCGGAAUCCUUCCGAGAUAUGGAUGCGUUGGUGGAACUUAUGGUCGACUUGCACGAGCAAAUAAAAGAGCAGAGGCCACCAAGACGAUCAGAGGACGAUAGCCCAGUACUCGAUGAAGGAACGAAAGCCUGGAAACGGAGAAUUGACAAUUAUUUCGAACGAUUUGGUGACGCCUGGGCUGAUGCUUUCUUUACCAGACACAUCACCGUCGGCCAGCCAGAAACGCUAUUCAUAAUGCAGGAGUACCAGGGAGCGGUUACGAAAUUUUUACGAAGCCACCCAGCGUAUUCAAAACUGAGCUGGAUCAAUGAUAUUGUUGGGGAGCGUGAUUAUAAAACCGCAUGCACGACCCUGCAGCGCUUAGCGAUUGAACAAGAAACCGACAUCUGGAGCAAGCGCGUCGAAAUAUCGCUUGCCAAAUUAGCCAAACUAGCAGAAUUCGAAAAGGCAGGCUCUGCGCCAGCAAGCCUGCACGACGCUGUAAGGCCGUUCGACCAGCUUAUGGAAACAUGUAACAUUCAAGAAUUGAUCUACGAACAUGUCCUCCCAACACUACAUGGUGCUAUCGAUGACGGGGCCGCUCUCCAACUCGCCACCGAACAGUUUGGAAACAACGUCGUGCGCGGCAAGCCAGCUCUCCGUGCCCUUCUCCAGCGUUGCCUCGCCAAACUCGUUACCAGAUCACCAAUGGAGCCAGAGGAACUCAUCAAUCUGCUGACGUUGAUGGAUCCCGUUCGGUUCCUUGAAGGUGGAGAAGAGGAAGAUAGCAUUGGCGGGCAUGAAUUUUUCUUCGCACUCACCGUUCUCAAGAUGGGAAAUUUCCAUCAUCAGGACCAGCAAGCGCACGAGUAUCGCGACGGUUUGGAAAGGCUCAUCUGGCGUCGUUGUAUGAUUCGUGAUAAUUGGGAGGCUAUCAAUCGGACAGAGAAGAAGGGGGAUAGAGAGGUUGAGUCGAAGGUUCACGCAACGGCGUUAGCAGAGACUAUGAGACAGCUUGCUGAAGUACUUGGCGAGGAUGUUCGCCUGACCCGCCAAUCUUACACCCCCUCGCGUAUUCUUGUAUCAAACAUUUUCCCUUCAAUGUCCCAUGCAGGCAUGCCUCCGGAUCAACAGAUUAGCUACCUUCAGGAGCUGGAUGCAGAGGCUGAUUUGCUACGCACAUAUGUCGAGAAGGGAAAGCUUGACGAGUGGUUCUCUUGGAUUAUUAGUGAGACGGCAGGACGGUUUUCAACACCUGUUCGCGAAGGUAAUAAUAAUCCUGGUGGCCACUGA